AGAAAGUAUUGAAUUUCGCAAUGGUUACUCUGAUAGUUACUGCUGACACUUAACCUCCAAAUCGUAGAAGAAACGUCAAAAGUUGCCGGCAACAAAACUUAAUAAUAAUUUCAUUCUAUUUGAAAUUAAAAUGAGUGAUUAUAAGAUUAUUACAUCUGACUUUAUAAAUUUGAGUAUUACAAACUCUGGCCAUCAAAAUUCUUGCAUAGAAAGAAGAUUUCAAAAGGGAAUUACAAUCGAUGAAUUUAAGGGAAAAUUGGAAUUACUCACAGGAGGAAAUCCAAUAACAAUGACGAUAGACGUAUAUGAUAAAAAUGAUAGUUUGGUUUGCAAAUUAGAUGAUGGACAACGUCUCUUAGGAUCAUAUCCAAUUGAUGAUGGCAUGAGAAUACAUGUUAUAGAUAAUUUCUCACGCACAGAAGAGGAUCUGAGUAAUAUUGAAAAAUUUGAAAUAUCUGAGGAAGAUUAUGCUAAAAGAUCAGAUACAGUAAAGGCAUUUUUAGAAAAAAAUAAGUUAGGAAAAUACAAUGAAGCGGAUAUGAAAAGGAGAGCAGAAGAAAAAUUACGGGAAGAAGAAGCAGAAAAAACUGCAGCAGAAUUAUGCAAAAUAGGUGAUAGAUGUGAAGUUUGCGUUCCAAAUCAGCCUAAACGCAGAGCUACUAUUAUGUAUGUUGGCAAAACAGAAUUUAAAGAAGGUUGGUGGAUUGGUGUAAAAUAUGAUGAACCACUUGGUAAAAAUAAUGGAACUGUCAAUGAAAAGAAAUAUUUUGAGUGUUUACCUAAAUAUGGUGGAUUUGUGAAACCAGCACAUGUAAAAGUUGGAGAUUUUCCAGAGGAAGAAUUUGAUUUGAAUGAAGAACUUUAAUAUAUAAAAUAGGUCUCCAGUUGACAGGAUGAGAUUCUUCAGUCUAGAAAUAAUAUAAACAAUUUAUAUAAAUACGAAGCCUUCAUUGUCUUUGUAAUUGUACUGCAUUUAAUGUAUUUACAAAAAGUACAUACCGCAGUAUUAUCUUCUUUAUAAACUUUUAUUGUUUUAUCUGCUUCUGUUGUAAUCAUACGAGUACCAGAUAUGUCAAAUGUGAUACUGAAUAUACCAGCUUCGCUAUCCAUUGAGCCAGGUUGAACUGGAGCUUGUAAUCGUUGAAAAUUGUAUCUAAAAAUUUAAAUAAUAUGCAACAAAAUUUUAAAUUAAAUUUAUACAUAACAAA